CGAAGGUUAUUAGGUAUUAUGAAUAUAUUUUUUAUUAAAAAUGUAAUUAUUUCAUCUUUUAGUUUUAGAAGAAUAAUUAAAUUAUUUUAAAAUGUUUAAAAUUUAAUUACAUUUUUGCCAAGAAUUGAAAAAGGUCAUCUCUACCCUUUUGCCAAUAAACAAGAGGAGAGGAAAAGGAAAAGGAAAAAGAAAGAAAGUAAAGGUAGAGAAAAUAGCACGUGCACAGUGGUAAAAAAAAAAAAAAAGAAAAGAGUCGCCACAGACAAACACAAUCUCCUCUUCGAUUCUCUCUUCCCUCUCCUUCUCACCAUAAAAACUCAAAACUCCGUCUCUCUCCUUCUCUUAACAUAGGCUAUCAUCACAAACAUUGGUAAUGAUCAAUAUCAUCAAACACUCGUCUUACUAAAAACCCAAUACUUUUAAUCAAUCUCUUCUUCAAUUCAAUGGCAACCACCGCCACUACUUUCUCUCUCCUCCCUUCUCUUGGUUUCACUUCUACGUCCUCUUCAUCAUCAUUAUCAUCAUCCUCUGCUUCUUCUACUUCAUUAUCUUCUUCUUCUUCAUUCUUUACAGGUGGGACCCACCACCUAUGGUCCCACAAGAAAUUCUCUUCUUUAGCUUUAACUUCUCCUCUCAAGUUCAAGACUAAGACUGCUUCUUCUUCUUCUUCUUCUUCUUCAAAUAAUCGUUACGGACCUGAGAUUAAUGCUUCAGGUGAUUACUAUGCUACUCUUGGUGUCCCCAAGUCUGCUACUAGUAAAGAAAUUAAAGCUGCUUAUCGAAAGUUAGCACGCCAGUAUCAUCCAGAUGUUAACAAGGAACCUGGAGCUACUGAGAAGUUCAAGGAGAUAAGUGCUGCUUAUGAGGUUCUAUCAGAUGAUAACAAGAGGUCUAUGUAUGAUCGGUAUGGUGAAGCUGGCGUUAAGAGUGCUGUAGGGGGGGCAUCAAGUGCUUAUACGACUAAUCCUUUUGAUCUGUUUGAGACAUUCUUUGGGUCAAGCAUGGGUGGUUUUCCUGGUGUGGAAACUGGGUUUGGGACACGCCGUCGUAGUACCGUUACUAAGGGUGAAGACUUACGUUAUGACAUUACAUUAGAAUUUUCGGAGGCUAUAUUUGGAGCUGAGAAAGAAUUUGACCUUUCUCAUCUGGAAACUUGUGAAGUUUGCACCGGUACUGGAGCAAAGAUAGGAUCCAAGAUGAGGAUAUGCUCAACUUGUGGUGGUAGGGGUCAAGUCAUGAGAACUGAGCAAACACCCUUUGGCUUGUUCUCACAGGUUUCUGUUUGUCCCACAUGUGGUGGGGAAGGGGAAGUGAUUUCUGAAUACUGUCGAAAAUGCUCCGGCGAAGGGCGAAUUCGUGUUAGGAAAAAUAUCAAAGUCAAAGUCCCUCCUGGAGUUAGCACAGGCAGUAUUCUUAGAGUGGCUGGAGAAGGGGAUGCUGGACCAAGAGGUGGUCCCCCAGGAGAUCUUUUUGUGUAUCUUGAUGUCCAGGAAAUAAGUGGAAUCCAGAGAGAUGGCAUAAAUCUCAACUCAACAAUAACUAUCAGUUAUCUUGAUGCAAUUCUGGGGGCUGUAGUUAAGGUAAAGACGGUGGAAGGAAUGAGUGAUCUUCAGAUUCUGGCAGGUACACAGCCUGGAGAUGUAUUGGUCCUGGCAAAAAAAGGUGCACCUAAGCUGAAUAAACCAUCUAUACGCGGUGAUCACUUAUUUACAAUCAAAGUUACUAUACCAAGUCGAACAAGUGCGAAAGAGCGUGAAUUACUUGAAGAGCUUGCUUCUCUGAGUAAUACCACCAGUUCUCGAUCUCGAACUCGCACCAAAACUCCACCUGCAAGUAGAAGCCGGGAGAGCCCCCCAGUGGAAACUGUAGAGGAGAAAAGUGAGGAAUCAGGGAAGGAAAAUGACCUGUGGCAGAAAGUAAAAGAUUUAGCCGGGUCUGUUGCAAAUGGCGCUAUGAAAUGGCUCAAAGACAACCUUUAAGUUUGAAGUCUUCACUAGGUGAUCUUGACAUCUGAAGUCACUAAUGUGCCAUCUUUUGUGUUUCAGAUUAGCCAUUAGAAUUUUUGUUCCCCUCAAGACACGGGCCUAAGGGCCAAGCCAACUUCGAUUGCAUCGUUUGAUGUUCCUCAGCAUUGAGCUGAAGAAAACUCGAUCGCUCCCCAGUGGAGAUUCUUUUCAUUUUUUUCCCUACUGUAAAUUUAGUACAUGGUAAACAAUUACAGAUUAAUCUCUUCCAACUUAUUAGUUUGUAUACUGAGCAGCAACAGCGAGUAAGUGUAAACAAUAUUUCAUGUAAAUCCAAUUCUCUUCGAGUUUUAUUGAA